AAUGAUCACGGACGUUCAGCUGGCGAUAUUCUCCAAUAUUCUUGGAGUCACUCUCUUUUUCCUGGUAUUUAUUUUCCAUUACAUAAACGCUAAUUACUCCAAAUGAAGGAUGGAUUUUUUGACGACGAUGGAUCAAAUCAACUUUAGAAUUUGUCGUUCUUUGGCAGGUUCUUUUAUUCAAAUUUUAAUGUUAUAAUUAAAUUUUUAAUAAAUAACAAAACUAAA